AUGCAGCUUCUAACCUUUCGUCCUGUCGCCUUCCUCCUUGGGUUCCUUAGCCUUGCCCGAGGUGAAAAUCCUGCAAAGCCGGCAUUCGGAUCUGUCGUCGUUAUCGAAGAACACUUGUUUAAGUUCAGCUGUGAUGGGAUGAGCCUUACCGGUCCGUCGGAAAGCGCCCUUACUAAGACGUACACGGGUGUAAAACCCGACCAGGAAGGUAGUACUUAUGGCGUUGUAACGGCAACGACGACAGGGCCGACACCAGGAACCACCACCAUCCUGCCAUCGCCCGGUUGUGGUGAGCUUUGCGUAACAACCGUAAUUAUUACAGUCGGCCCUACCGGCGGUACCGUUACUGCAGCCGAUGAUAACGGAGAUGCGGCAAGCGGAAUAGUUACUUUAACGGUUACGGGACCGACGGCAGGAACUUCCACUAUUCUACCGCCAAACACCUGCAUUAAGAGCUGCGUCACCAGUGUCAUCAUUACCGUAGCCGAUAGCGAUGGAAAUCAGGCUAGCGGAAUAGUUUCCUCGACGGUAACCGGACCGACGGUAGGAACAUCUACCGUUCUCCCACCAGAUACCUGUACCAAGGGAUGCGUUACUAGCGUUAUCGUUACCGUAGCUAGCAAUAUUGGAGUGCCGGCAAGCGGAAUAGUUUCUUCGACGGUAACCGGACCGACGGUAGGAACGUCUACCAUUCUCCCACCAGAUACCUGUACCAAGGGAUGCGUUACUAGCGUUAUCGUUACCGUAGCUAGCAAUAUUGGAGUACCGGCAAGCGGAAUAGUUUCCUCAACAGUAACCGGGCCGACAGCAGGAACGUCUACUAUUCUCCCACCAGACACCUGUACCAAGGGAUGCGUUACCAACGUUAUCGUUACGGUAGCUAGCGAUAUUGAAGUGCCGGCAAGCGGAAUAAUUUCCUCAACGGUAACCGGGCCGACAGCAGGAACGUCCACUAUUCUCCCACCAGACACCUGUACCAAGGGAUGCGUUACCAACGUUAUCGUCACCGUGGCUAGCGAUAUUGGAGUGCCGGCAAGCGGAAUAGUUUCCUCGACGGUAACCGGGCCGAUAGCAGGAACGUCCACUAUUCUCCCACCAGACACCUGUACCAAAGGCUGCGUUACUAGCAUUAUUGUUACCGUAACCGAUGUCGGUGGAGGGGUAGUUUCUUCAACUGUAACCGGGCCGACGGCUGGAACGACAACUAUUGCACCCCCAAGCACCUGUACCAAGGGCUGCAUAACCAGCAUUAUCGUUACCGUAACCGAUAGCAGUAGAGGAGUAGUUACUUCAACGGUAACCGGGCCGACGGCUGGAACGACAACCAUUGCACCCCCAAGCACCUGUACCAAGGGCUGCAUAACUAGCGUUAUCGUUACAGUAACAAGCGGAAUGCAGUUUACGACUAUAACAACGACUGGACCUACACCGGGCACCUUUACGCUUCUUCCAUCGGGCAAUUGUAACGGCGGCUGCUUAACAACUAUUGUCGUUACAAAUGCCGCAUCUCAACCCCCUAACGUUGUCGUCACCACAACGGUGCCCGGGAUCAGGGCCGGCACGACGACCAUCACACCACCCGCCGGCUGCACCCGACCGUGCACGACGAGAGUCAUCGUUACGAUACCGCUGCCCUCCGGGACGCCGGCGCCAUGCUACCUUGCCGACUCAUCAAACCCAUCAAGCCCAUGUCCGCCGGGGGGUCUCGAUGUCCACUAUUACGCCAACAAGCUCGGCAACGGAUAUGGCUGCUCCGUCGGCGAGGGUGCGGCAUGCAAUGACCCUGGACCUUCGUACUAUAUAAAUCAACUCAAGCCACUUGCUUCCGGUCAAACAAACCUUACCUACUUUGUUCAGGAUACCGACGUCAACUUUGCUGGACACGCCAUCUCUAACGUGGGCUAUAACGGCUGGAAGUACGCGAUCGGCUACCAAAGGACGGUGAACGGAGGAUUGAUGGUGGACGGCAACAACUUCACGCUCGUUUACGAAGGUUACUAUCGCGCCCCCGUUACCGGAUCGUACCAGCUCUGCACGGAUGCCGACAAUAUCUCCAACGUCUACUUUGGAGACGGAAACGCUUUUGCCUGCAGCGACCAGCAGCCCGCCCCUGGGGCCCCAUCGCUGAAAGUCAGCGCAACGGGAGGCAACUACGUCAACCCUAAAGCGUGCGGAAACGUCAACUUGAUUGCAAACCAGUUUUACCCGCUCCGGAUCGUUAUGGGUAACUACGGCUGGGCAUCCGCUUUUGGUUUUACCAUCCAGCCUCCGGGGCAAGCGGCGGCAAAUGCGUGGCCUGGAAACUAUUAUCCCAAGUCAUGUUGA